AUGCUGGAGAGGAGCCGAUAUCUGCUUUUGUUCAGUCAGCUGAAGCUGCAACCGCAUGAGCUGAAUCAACCAUUCAAAUGCAAGCACAGGACUGCUUGUGAUAAUAGCGAGCUGCGAGAUGCGGAAGUAGAUUCUGCGGCUGAGAAUGAUAUUCACUACACAUUUGCUGCUUGUGCAAUGGAUGGAUCAAAACGGAUUGAUGCAGAGGAUGUUAGAUUCUCUUCUAUUGUGAAAUUUUCUCCUGGAUUCUAA